AUCCAUCUCGUAUCAGGCUUUCGCCUCUGGGUGCCAAAUGUCAGCACAGGACGAGAUUGACGAUUGCGCAAUAUGUCUGCUUCCCUUGGUACCAGACGACGAUGGUCUCCUAGACGAACUUGGACAACUGGACUGCCCAACUUCUGUGCACACGUACCAUUUGGAGUGUCUUAUGCGUUGGAGCGACGUUACAAACACAUGUCCAAAAGACAGGUCUCUUUUCCGACGUAUACGAGUAGUCGAACGGAUUCAAGGGGGUGCGAAAAAUACUAUACGAGUGGUCGACGUGGAGGAUAAGGUGCAAGGAGUUGCGACACACCUUCAGGAAUCCGUUCCUGAUGACAAUGAUGUGUGUGAGUGCAUGAUAUGUGGACAUACUGAUCGAGAAGAUGUUAUGCUGCUCUGCGAUCUGUGUGAUUCGGGAUGGCAUAUGGACUGCUUGGGUAUUACCGAGUUCCCCGAAGGCGAUUGGUAUUGUCCCCAUUGUCACCGGGAAGGGACCAGCACGACACAAUCAUCUACAUCAACAAGCACUACCCCCACUAGAAGACUAGUGCGGCGACGAGCAGUCUCUACCAUACCACAAUCGGCACCAGAACACUUACCCGCACACCGACCACCAAGGUCCGUGGUAGAUCCGGCAUCCACAUUCACUCCUCAAGGUCGAACCCGAACACGCCUUAUCAACGUCCUUCGCCGUGAGAUGCAAGAAUCGUACCGAAGAAGACAUGGCUUUUCCGGGACGACAGAAGGUCGAUCAGGACAUACAAAUUAUUUCACACCCUCGGGUAGUCUGCGUGAUGUUCCACCAUGGCUUGCUACUGAAUUGAAUCCUCUUUCUGAACCAAACUGGGCUUCCUUCACUCCACCGCCUGUUACCCUCCAAUCAAAACGAUCUGUAGACACGCCGCACACAUCCAUAGGAAGCGAACCUGAUCUGAUGCGUACCGUAUGGAAGCAGUUCGAAAAGGCGAGAAAAAUUGCCGGUUCUGCCACUGCACCUUUGCCUAAACGACAGAAAGUUAGCCAGCAAGAUGGCCACUCCGCGUCACUACCUGGGAGUUCAGCAUCGCAUGGACACACACGUUCCCAUAGUACAGCUCAACGGUCAGAUUCCCACUGUAAGUCGCCCCGUAACAUACCGUCAGAGGGAGGACUAAUCUCAGAGAAUAAGCGAUGGAACAAUGGGUCAAAUGGUAUUGAACUAGCUAUGUCUAAUGAUGUCCGCCCGAGAAAGCAACACGGAACGGUUCCUUCCCUGUUGCUGUCAAAAGAAGAGGAUCCGUUGCCGCCCAUACAGCACCGUUCCAGUCGCACCAGCGUUGAACCGGCUCCGUCCGAUCUCUCAUUUCUGGAGAGACCGCGUGGAGCACUUCCUUCAUUCAAGUCUAAAAAGCGGACGGAGGCAGGAAAGGCUAACCAUCAGGAAGGUCCUUCUCAGCAUCCACCUGGCGAAGACAAAGACAAAUCGUCCAUCGAGCGUGGAAACGCCGUGAAUGACCGUCCAAUUGAUGGAAGAUCGCUUUUUGGGUCUUCCAAUCGUGCAACCAAGGCGCUGGAUAAGAAGAUGAUUUUUACAUUGGUAAAGACCAAGCUUGACGCGUAUUGGGACGCCCCUGGAAGAGCUGGUCUAGAUAAAACGAUUUAUAAGGAAAUUGGGAGGAAGGUGACACAUGAGAUUUACGACGAAUUGGAGCAGGGCAGAAAGCAAAUUGAAGAUAUUGAUUUGACUGCAGCGGAAAUGGUGGCGGCCGCUGUUGGGAAGGUGCUGGGUAGCGAACGAACUUGGCAUCGUGCUACCAACGGGAAUUAGCGCUGGACAAGCGGCUCUUCAGCUUAUCUGCAAGCGCGGCCAUAUCUUCAUUGAGGAUGUUCCUCCUUGUGAAACAAAUAUUCACAAAGAAUCGACCGUUCUGCGGAAAGACCGGUAUGCACACAUUUGACACCCUCAGUCAGUAAAACCGGGCCAUCGGGUAUAAAGAUUGAUACAUUACAGAAACUCUAGGGAAUAGGUAACAGAAACCUCCAACCGAAAGACAUGUAGGUCAAUGUCACUGAGAUACUCCCUAGUCUCUCCUCCGGCCCUGCAAAAGCGCACAACGGCCCAUCCAAAGAAUGACAGCUAUUUUGGCGGUGGCACGAUAAGAAAUUGUUCAAUAAAAUCGAUCAUCAUUGGCUCUUUCAGUGCCAUUAAUUUGUACUCUUUGAGAGACUGAUAUGAAGCAGGUCAUUAUAAGGUCAUGAA